GAAAUGUCAGUUAAACCAAAGCUCAGCCAUUCCCAUGUCUCUGAGCUGGUUGGCCGGCUCUAUGGGAUGAGCACAUCACAGAUCCACCCUCUACCCAGCUAUUAUGACCAGAACUUCUAUGUGCUGGUCAAUGAUGGUAGAGCGUAUGUGAUGAAGAUCAUGAACUCUCUGGACAGUCAGAACCUCACACUGUUGGAGCUACAGACUCAUGCCAUGGCCUUCCUGCACCAGCGGGGCAUCCCGGCUCAAACUGCCCUGCCCACACUAACUGGACAGAUGAUGAGCCUGGAAGAUAUUGACUGUGGAUCAGGCUGUCAGAAGUACUUGGUACGAUUACUGACCUACUUGCCAGGCACCACCAUUGCGAAGGUCCCCUGCUCCCCACAAAUUCUGUAUCAAGCUGGGAAAAUGGCAGCUACAAUGGACAAAGCGCUGCUGGAGAUGGAGCACCCGAACUUGUGGGCACUGCAGAGAGAGGACUUCAUUUGGAAUCCACGUAAUUUACCUCUUUUAGAACCCUACCUUCAUGUAAUGGAUGGGGAUCCUGUGCAGCAGGUGGUAAAGGAAGUCAUUGAGACGUUCAAGAGACAAGUCCUUCCAAAUUUGGGCUCCUUCCGCAAAUGCAUAAUCCAUGGGGACUUCAGUGAUCUGAAUGUUUUAAUAGAGCCCAGUGGCCCUGCAGGCUAUAAAAUCUCUGGCAUCUUGGACUUUGGUCACAUGAGCAAUGGAUACUAUGUCUUUGAGUUGGCCAUCACUAUCAUGUACAUGAUGAUCGAGAGCCAUGAUCCCAUACAGGUGGGAGGGCCUGUGCUGGCAGGUUGGGAGAGUGUCAUUCCUCUGAACGAAGCAGAGCGGAAUGCCCUCUACCUGCUGGUGCUGGGCCGCUUCUGCCAGUCCCUGGUUAUGGGCCGAUAUAAUGCCACUCUGCAGCCUGAAAAUAAGGAGUAUUUGAUGACCACGGCCAAGAAUGGGUCAAGACAUCUGAUGCAUCUGUGGGAGCUGGGCAAAGAGGAAGUGGAGAUGAGGUGGAUCCAGGGUGCGAGAAUGUUCUCAGAUAUGCGAUGA